CGCGGGCGGCCGUCGGGCGCGGCCAUGGAGCUGUGGCCCUGGGUGAGCGCGGCGCUGCUGCUGCUGCUGCUGGCCGUGCCGCUGUCCCGCACGGCGCGCUUCUACGCCAAACUCGGCCUUUACUGCGCGCUGUGCCUGGGCGUCUCGGCCAUGGCAGCGGGGGUCUGUGUGCUGCGCCACGGCGGCCGCACCGUAGAGAACAUGAGCAUCAUCAGCUGGUUCGUUCGGUCCUUCAAGUACGUGUUUGGCUUGCGCUUCACGGUCCAGGGCCGGCAGAAGCUGGAGGUGGACGGGCCCUGUGUCAUCGUAUCCAACCACCAGAGCAUCCUGGACAUGAUGGGUCUCAUGGAGAUCCUCCCCAAGCGCUGUGUGCAGGUCGCCAAGCGGGAGCUGCUCUUCCUGGGCCCUGUGGGCCUCAUCAUGUACCUGGGUGGCGUGUUCUUCAUCAACCGCCAGCGCUCCAGCACAGCGGUGUCCGUGAUGGCCAGCCUGGGCGAGCACAUGGUCAGGGAGAACUUGAAAGUGUGGAUCUACCCCGAGGGUACGCGCAAUGACAACGGGGACCUGCUGCCCUUUAAGAAGGGUGCCUUCUACCUGGCCAUCCAGACCCAGGUGCCUGUCAUCCCUGUGGUCUACUCCUCCUUCUCCUCCUUCUACAACCUCCGUACCAAGCUCUUCACCUCAGGAACAAUCGAAGUACAAGUUCUGGACGCUGUCCCCACCCUUGGCCUCACUGUGGGUGACGUCCCUAAACUCAUGGACACCUGCCACCAAGCCAUGAGAGCCACCUUUCUGGAGAUGUCCACGCGGCCCCAGGAGAACGGGGUGGCAGAGGGGCCCAGGGCCCAGCCAGCCCAGUAGCCCGGCUACAGGGGGUUGGGGGUCGCACGAGGCCACACGGACACAGAGGGGGCCCCCAGACUGCUGACCACCACUGUGUCGCCUCCCGGCUCUCAUUCUGGCCUCACAGCGGAAGCCCCAGAUCAAGGUUCCCAGUGUCCCCUGUGGAGUCUGCCAGGAGCAGGGACCCCCACCCUCACACCCAUGCCUCUAGGAUCCAGAGGGGGCUGAGCCAUCAGGCCUUUGGGGGGCCCCUGGGUCCAGGCCACAGCCUGUAUCAGGCUUUCAGGGAGACAGGGCUCAAAGUCAAGACUCCUGGUCUACCACAGCCCCAGCCUCCAGGGCCAUCUGCGGCACCUACGCUGCACUCGGUUCAUUUUUAUAAACGGACUCUUGGAAGUGCC